AGUCAUUUUCAGCCUUCCAAACGAAAUCCUUCGCCAUGUGGUCCUGGCUUUUCGCGCCGCAGCGGGCGGCGGUCGCACCGGUCGCGCCUGCUGGUGCAAAGCCGGCACUGAGUAGCGGCGACUGGCGGGUGCGCCAGUAUCUGGAGCGGGCCGUUCCGCCCAGGUCCCCGAGGCCGGAAGUAUGCAGCGCAGACUUCCGCAGGGAGCGCUACGAGAUGCCGCUGCCAAAGCAUCAGUGGAUGUGCCAGUGCGGUCGGGCGAGCCUUCUAGAGGAGGAAUAUUGCCGCCACUGCAACAGCAAGUCCCCGCAGCUCCGGGCGCGGGAGGCGCUGGCCGCCCAGCGCCAGGCGGCGCGCCGCCGCCAGGAGGACCAGGAGCGCCAGGCGCGGGCAGACGAGGGCCGCUUGACUGCGGCGGACCUGAGACUCGCCCAUGACGUGGGCUUCGAGCAAAUGCCGCUCAGCGGCUUUGAGGAGAAGACGAAGGUGUGCCGGGAGUUGGACAAAGAGGCCUACACAGGCCUGCUGCGAAUGGCAGCCAUGAGGGCAGGCCAUGUGCCCGAGUACUGAGCUGCGAAGGGGCCGUGCCCAUGGCCGGUGGGAGGGUGACGUGCAAGUUAGGCUGUUCGGAAAACAACGAUGUUGCGGUGCGAAGCUUCUUCGUGUUGAAGUUCUAUUUCAAUUGCACAGAUGCGCCCGAUUUCCCCAGAUGCGCCGUCAGACAGCCAGGGUCUGUGGUU